CUGAGGCCAGGCCCCCUCAGCCAAUCACAGCCUCGGCACUCGUCACAUAAAGCGAAGAACACUAACAGGCACAUGACAGCAAGUGCUCAGGAAGCCCAGUGCAGCUCUACACUGCAAACAAAUAAGCAAAUCAACUACUAUCAGCAAGGAUCUCCAAAAAAGGAAAACAUUGGUUUGCGGUCAAGAUGAAGUGUAUACUUAGGAUAUUACUGCUGGCAUGCGCCCUGUACUUUAUUGAAACAACUAAAAGCCCUAGGAAAAAAUACACUUCUACUAAAGCAAAAGAUAAUUGCAUACUUGAUGGAAGCGAGGAGAGCAAAAACGAAGUGUCAAUGACAGUCAGAGGACGGACUUGUGUAUCAUGGAAUAUAUUAUCAAGGAAAUACCCCUCCUUCCAUAACUGCAAUCAUAACUACUGCAGGAAUCUAGGUAACAAGAUUCAGCCAUGGUGCUUUGUAAGGAAAGGAAAUUAUUAUGUGCGGGAAUACUGUGACAUUCCCCACAAGGAAAUGAAACCAACCACCACGAGUCCACCCACAUCUGACCAACCAAAGCAAGACACAGAAUCAACCUGUGGGGAGCGACGCUUGAACCGCAUUACAAAGAUAAUAGGAGGAUCAAGGUCAACUGUUGAGUCACAGCCUUGGAUGGCAGCUAUCUUCAAAGGAGAGGGAUUCGUUUGUGGAGGAACUCUUAUUGCUUCAUGCUGGAUCCUCACUGCAGCCCACUGCUUCCCUGACGGUAAGAGAACACGCAUAAUGAAAUAUUCGGUCUAUCUGGGAAAGAAUGCCAUCAACGAAACCGACACUGUCAAAGAACAGCAGUUCAACAUCAGCGAACUUGUGCUCCAUGAGGACUAUAAUUACACAGCUGAAGACUUUAAUAACGACAUUGCUCUUUUGAAGAUAGCGGACAGCAGUGGACAAUGUGCAGUGAGGACAGACUAUGUGAGAACCGCCUGUCUUCCCCCUUUCCAGCAGAUGCUUCCCACAGGAUUCUACUGUGAGAUUGCUGGCUAUGGAAGACAUCAAAAGGGUGGCUUUAAGUACUCUCGAUAUCUGAAACAGGCUCAAGUGAGGCUUAUUUCCCAGAAUGCUUGCCAGAAAAAGUAUUACAGCAAGGAAGAAGUCAAUGAAAACAUGUUGUGCGCAGCUGGUAGAGAGUGGGAGGAAGAUGCUUGCCAGGGUGACUCAGGAGGGCCUCUGGUGUGUGAAUUAAAUAACACCAUGUUCCUAUUCGGUAUCAUUAGCUGGGGAAAAGAAUGUGCAAAAAAGUUUAACCCAGGAGUUUACACAAAAGUCACCAAUUACAAUAACUGGAUCUCACAGCAUACUGGUUUACCCAAAUAUACAGCAGGCUCCAGGUAUCCACAAAAGGACUGAUU